AAAUAGACAAUUUUACAAUCAUGAAUACAACCAAGACUGAUGAAAUAAUAAAUAAAAACAUAGAUCAACAGAGAAUCAGUAUUUUAAUGGAUUGGCUUAAAAGUAAAAAUAUAUAUAUACAUUCAGCUAUUAAAUUAGGUAAACGUGAUGAUGGUUUUUUUGUAUACACUGAAAAAUUUAUAAAAAAAAAUACAAUUAUAUUGAAAGUUCCCAAAAAUGCCAUUUUAUCACCUAAAACAUCAUUAUUAUCUUUUUUUUUGGAUAAAACUAAGAUUCCAAGUAUUCUUAGUGUUUGUAUAGUUUACAUGUAUGAAAAAAGUCUUGGUCAGAAAUCACCGUGGUAUGGUUAUCUUCAAAUAAUGCCGGAUAAAGUAGAUAUUCCAAAAUUAUGGAAUCAUGAAAAAAAGUGGUUAAAGGGAACCGAAAUAGAAUACGUGGGAGGACUUGAUAUUUCAGAAUUACAAAGUGCAUAUAACGAAUUAAUAUUACCAUUUAUAAAAAAAAACAAAGAAAUAUUAAAUCAAAGAAUAUUUACAUACAAUAAUUUUUUAAAAGCAAUUUCAGUUGUAAGAUCAAGAGUAUUUGAAAUAGAUAAAUUUCAUAAUUUAGGCUUAGUACCAUUUGCUGAUAUGUUUAAUCAUGCAACAAAUGAACAUAUACAUUUUCAAACUUUUUACAAUGUAUGUAGACAUUGUGGAUUAAUAUACUGCAAACAUAUAUUUAAACUAAAAAAAUAUAAAAAAACACAAUAUGAAGAUACAUGUGAUAUGAUUGUACACAAUUCACCUAGUGCAUUUGAUGAAGUAUAUAAUACAUAUGGAACACAUGGAAACGAUAUUUUAUUAUCAAGAUAUGGUUUUGCUCUACAUAAAAAUAAAUGGGAUAGAAUAAGUAUGUCAAAAAUAUUUCAAAAAAAUGACAUGAAAUCAGAUAGAUUAUUAUGGUGGAAAUUGAACGGAUUCAACGCUUCAUAUAAAAUGGGUCUUUUUAAAAGAUAUUUUUCAAAAAAUGAUAUAAAAAAUUAUUUUUCAAGUGACAGUAAUAACCAUAAUGAUAAAGAAAUCCAUUCUUAUCAUAAUAUUCAGUACUUGUUUCUUCAAGAUAGUCUUUUUAUUACAUUUCCAUCAGAUCCUAGUUCACCAUUAAUAUUUUUUAUUAUAUUAUUAUCAUUAAGUCAUAAACUAUUUAAAAAUCUUGAGAAAAAUACAAAAAAAACCAAUAUAUAUAUAUUGAAUAUCAUAAGAUUACAAUUAUUAUAUUUUCACACAGGUUCCAUAAAAAAUCUCAAAUACCAAAAAUAUACAACACUUUUAAUUAUAUUCAAAAUAAACAAAUUUUUAUCAAAUGCUAUAGAUAGUCGUUUAAAAAAAUAUAAUCAAACAUUAAUUUUGGAUAAUCUAGUCUACGAAAAUAUAAAAACACAGGAAAAUAAAAGAAAACAUUGGACAAAAAUAGUAUUACAAAAUGAAAUAGAUAUACUAAAUAAUACAAAGAAAAAAUGUAUAAAAUUGAUACAUAAAACUAAAUUAAUUCUAAAAUACCAGAAAUUAUACUCAUUUAAAAUAAAAAAAAACUAUUUUUAA